AUGUUUUGGGCGCGCAGCAAAGAGACCGGGCCCGAUGAUGCUACCGCCGACAUAACUGCGGGAGAGUCCGCAGAUGACCAGGAUGCCAGUGAACUGAAGGAAAUUGUCCUCGCGCCACCGCUGCAAGGGAGGACCCUCUUGCCUGCGCCCGCCGCGGCCGUCAUCAGCGGCAUCACCGGCUUGACAUCCUUCUAUGUUCGUGCGGGCACCAAAGUCGGCGGAUGGGGUCUAUACGCUGGACGAGAGGCCACACUGAAGACCUUGUCCGUCAGCCGGAGUGCUCUGGAAUCCGUUCUGGUUGCCGCAGGAAGAGAUGUCUCUGCUCGCAGCCAUGGAGAUCUGGGGAGGAGUGAAGCAGAGAACUUGCUGGAGAGAAGCAUAUCUGCGUUGCACUCGACCAUCUCGACUGUUUCCUUUGUGGCCUCGGCAGGCUUCUACCUCACUGAAGCGUCCAUGAACUCGAUCUCCGGUCUCUCAAUCCAAGGCCUGGCGACCCUGAAUGCCAUACUCGGCUCGACGGAGUCCUCGCGCGCGGUUGCUGCCAUAAUCACGCUGAUCAAAGAUGAAUUGAACAAGCCCGAGCCUGGAAGCAACGGGGAGGUGGUUACAUAUCUGGACCUCAUCAUCGGCACGAUCGGAUUUGUCAUGCUACAGAGAUGGGGUCGUCGGAAGACCGAGCUGGAUUUUAGAGAUGCUGGCGGCGAGGAAACCAUCUGGGAUGCUGUCAUUGACGAUAAAGGCUUCAAGGCCGAUGUAGUCGGCACAAGAAGGAAAGGAGUAAUCAGCAUCCAGCCCAAUCCCACGGCACCGCCUAUGACAUUCGCAUCUCCCGAUGGAGAGGACGAGUUUGAUGUAUUAGAGCGUGGCACAUUGUUUGAUCCUUCGGCUGUGACUUCAGUACCUGAGACCCAGACGAACUUGACCGACGAGGAGAUCCGGGAACGCAUCAUGAGCCAGCUGCCUACUGGGACCCGAGCCGUCAUCACCGAGGAGACAAUCACGGCCAAAACUAUCAAAGUGGACAUCUACGAUUCCCAAACAACACAUAUUGACCCUCCACCUGGUACUGUCAUGGUUGCCGAGAGCUUGCACCAUGGCGAUGCCGGAAAUGGCGGACAAAACGAGCCUCACCAAACUGUCAUCUUCCGCACUGCGUUGAAGAAGUCCAGCAGUAGGGAUAUUCCGUCCAUGGUUGACCAGUUGCGGCUGACGCGUGGCGACGAAUCUCCAGUUGAUCAUCAUGAUGGGGACGGUUUGUAUAUGAAGAAUGCUGGAUCGAAACGAAUCUCGGUGGUGGAUGAACCUGCGCCGAUGGAAGAUGCCGCUGUUUUCAACUCCGACCACGAAGAGGAACCUGUGGAAACGACGGCGCCGAAAGACGUUGGCCCAGUGGCUAACCAGAAGAAAAGUCGACGUCCCAUUUUCUCUUACAGUAAAUCUCCGCCCGACACGGAGGCUACAAGUUGGAUACCUCGGGUCAAGAACAAAAGGGAGAAACCAGUCUCGACCGGCCAGGACGACAAAGAUGGAGUCAUCAAGAAGGCCCUGAAGACGCUCAGUCCAAGUCAUUCUUCGGCAGGCGUUAAGGAUAUCCACAAAAACCCACCUCACCAGCGGAAGCUUCCUAUCCCAGCCCCGGCACAGCAACCGUUUAGCACGCGGGUACCCUCCACAGUACGCGGCGAUAUGAGUCCACGGAAGAACUUUACGUCUCUGAGCCACGGCGCCACCCCCAUGACUAGUCCGAGCCUCCUUCGUGGCUUAAGCCAGGACCAAUCGUCCAGCUAUUUUGCUUUACAUCACCGGAGAAGGGAUUCGGCUGUAUCUCAGACGACAGAGACCUACUCUGCACACUCGGUUGAGAGUCGGCCCGGCUCACCAACCUUCACACGAACACACACGCGAGUUGUCAGUGGGGUCACACAGAGUAAAUCCGAGAUUGGGCUCACGCUCGAUGAGUCCGAAUCUAGAAUAGAUACGGCCAGCGGGACAGUGCAUCGACGCCGGUCGCGAUCCUUUGUGCCCAGCCUAUACUCAAUGGCGACCAAGGAUUCGCAGGAAGCCAUCAUUCUAGCACCCAAGACACAUGUGCAUCGAAAAUCCAUCUACGAAGACCACAACAUACUCAAUGAUCUAAUAUCCAAAGGCAAAGUGCCAGGAAUUUUCCCGGACCGCCACAUGGUUAAAACCGUGCGACGGUUUGCCCGAUUUGCAUCCGCAUCGUACGGAUCGAACUUUCUACGGGUAAUGGGCCUAUCUUCGGCUGAAGCACAGUUGAGCAAGGCUACCGAACUCAUGACAUUGGACGUCCAUCACGAACAUAGCUCGUUCUCAAGUCAUACUGGACUACCUCCAGAUACGAUUCUUUUGUCUUCGUUCUACGAUCCAAAGGGCGUGACCGGGAACACGGACUGGUCGCCAUCUGCGAUAUCGCCAUUAAUACAUUUCAUCACGAUUGACGAUGACUCCAAAGCGGUGGUGCUGACGUGUCGUGGUACCUUGGGAUUUGAGGAUGUCUUGACCGACAUGACCUGUGACUACGAUGACCUGGUGUGGCAGGGUCAACGAUACAAAGUGCACAAGGGAGUGCAUGCUUCAGCACGGCGACUACUCGGUGGCAGUGGCAGUCGAGUCAUGGCCACGAUCAAAGCCACUCUGGAGCAAUACCCCGAUUACGGGCUCGUGCUCUGUGGACACUCUCUCGGGGGUGCGGUUGCUGCCAUUCUCGCCAUUUUGAUUUCGGAGCCCUCGUUUGACGGGGACGGCAAGACGCGGUUUGUGACGGCGGGCAACAUGCCCAAGUUGAUAACGACGCACAACAAGACCACCGGCGGCGCGGGGCCUUACACGUCCUCGUAUGUUCCACCGAUCACUCUGCCCGCCGGUCGGCCCAUUCAUGUCUAUGCCUACGGAACCCCAGCAUGCAUGUCUGAGCUGUUGCGUGUUGCUACGCGAGGUCUCAUCACGACGGUGGUCAACCACUCGGACAUUGUCCCCUGUUUGUCUUUAGGGAUCUUGCACGAUUUCCGCACGGUGGCUCUGCAUCUCAAGACGGACACGACGGACGCUCUCGGUGCGUUAAAGACGAGAGUCUGGCAGCGCGUCAAGAACGCCGUCAAAUCGUCCUUUUAUAACAACUACUCCAAGGGACCACCUCCGCCAGAGAAUAUGGCUGGUGAUGGACUUGGUGAGGACACGUGGGCAUGGGCGGCUCUCAAGACCUUGCGCGCCGCCAUGAUCAACGAUAAACUCGUGCCUCCAGGUGAAGUGUUUGUCGUUGAGACAACGCGUGUCUUUGACAGACUCGACCCGGACGUCGCUCGUGAAGCUGUCUUUGGGCCCGACGAUUCCAAGGAUGAUAGGACGGAAAAGCUUUAUCGGGCUCUAGGCCGGCCGGCUACCCGUGUGCAAUUCAAAUUGAUUCGGGAUGUCGAGACUCGGUUUGGAGAGUUGCGCUUUGGUCGUGAUAUGUUUGGAGACCAUUCACCAGGGAGGUAUGAGGCGGCUUUGGCGGCAUUGGAGAAGGGGAUUUGUGAAGAUUGA